GUAUAUCAAGACAUCUACUGUCACCAAUGUCUUUAUGAAUGCGUGUAUCUCCCGUGCAGAAGAAGAGUUGACCACAGCAUGUAUAGAAACACAGUUGAUGGGGCAUCACCAAAGCCUCCAAGGGAACCCACUUAUGUUGAGCCAGAGGUCAUUGGUACAGUUGGUAACGAGGCCUAUGAUGUAGUGGGACAAACGAGAAGAAAGGUCACUGCCUAUGACAUGGUGUACAUUAACAAAGACUCCUCCCCUCCCUCCUCCACCCCUGUCACUGGACACCUCUGACUUCUUAACUUCUUAGUGACUCUCGUUGUGUGCACAGGGUUUUCCAUAAUUAUUCUUGUGUAGUGAAAAUGAAUGUUAGUAGCUGUUCACCAUUCAACAUCCACAGAGCAGGA